AUGGAACUGGGAUUCCUCGUUUCUGUGCUCUUUCUCUCCGUCUUCUUGUCGCAGUCUUCGUCCGUGGCGGCCCGGAAGCGGAGGCGAAGCGGCAGAGGCGGCGGCGGGAAGACCCUGAAGAUGUACCGCGAAACGGUGGAAGACGCAGUGAUGCUCUUCAACGAAGCCGGGCAGUUCCUCAAGGAGAUCCCCCUCAACGGCACCCGCUUCUACUGGAGGACUCACGUCGACCAGCUCCGCCAACAGGGCCCGAGUGCGGAGAGGGAGGACGCCGAGGGCGAGGGGAUGCUGGACCUGUUCGCCGACCUCUACGGCCCCUGGAGCACCUGGUCCAAGUGCAACCGGCGAUGCAGGCAGAAGAGGGUUCGGCACUGUCUGCAUGCGCACGCCUGUCCCUACUCACGGCUCAAGGAAGAGAGGGCAUGCAGGGGAGGCAAGUGCAACCCCGUGAGGCGAGGAGGCGAAGUCCGGAUCUACUGGCACUUCGACACGCUCUUCUUCUCGCAGUGGUCCAUGUGGUCGCCGUGCACGAGGUCCUGCACCACCCGGCGAUACAGGGCUUGCCUGUUCCCGCUGAUCUGCGGGAGAAACGUGCUGACGGAGGAGGCGUAUUGCUACGUGGAAGGAUCCGCCUGCGAGACCUGGUUCAAGAACCGCACUUCACGCAACAGCUUCCUCGAGCCCGGGGAGGACGAGGAAGGCACGGAGGGAGGGGAAGAAGACGUGGCAGCGGAAGCGGAGGAAGACCCACCCGCGAAGCACGAGAGGGAGGGCGAGGGGCUGGGGCCGGAGACGGAGGAGGAAUGCGGCUCGAACAACGUCACCAGCCCCGACCUCCGGAUCAUCGGGGGUCGGGUCGCUCGUCACGGCAAGUGGCCCUGGCAGGUCGCCAUCCUCAAUCGAUUUAAGAGUUCAGAAUUCGAGGAGGAAUCUCCGACGGAGGUCCUUUCUGACCUCGAAACGUCCCAAAGGCACGGACUUCAUCCCACACAAAAUGCAUUUCUCACGAACGUGCAGGAGGUGUUCUGCGGGGGGACGCUGGUGAGUCGAUCCUGGGUGCUGACGGCGGCCCACUGCGUUCGGAAGAAGCUUCUCAUCAGACUCGGCGAGAGCAAUCUGCUCAGCAAGGAGGGCACCGAGACGGAAAUCAAGGUCGAGGUCGUUCCUUCCUCUUUGCGAGGUCGGUGGGAAGGAGGGGUGGAAGACCACUUUAUUCAUCCGGAUUACGAUCCGGAAACGGUGGACGGGGACGUGGCGCUGCUCCGGCUCCCUAGCCCCGUGAAACUGAACAAGUAUCGCCGGCUGGCCUGCCUGCCGGAUGCGGGGGACCGCGUCCCGGAGUCCCAACUCUGCACCAUCAUCGGGUGGGGCAAGGAGCGCAACACGAAUCUUUUCGGGACCGAUCAGCUCCGCGAGGCCGAGGUUCCUGUGGUGCCGGGGGAGAUGUGCAAGGACGUGUACCAGGAUUACAGCAUCACGGAGAACAUGUUCUGUGCCGGCUACAAACGCGGACGCGUGGACUCCUGUGCCGGCGACUCCGGCGGGCCCUUGCUGUGCCAGAUCCACGGCAAGUGGACCAUCUACGGCAUCACCAGCUUCGGGGAAGGCUGCGGGAGGAAGGGGAAAUUCGGCAUCUAUGCCAAGGUCCCCAACUACGUCGCCUGGAUCAAGAGCGUCAUCAAACACAAUUCGUGA